AUGUAUAAUAAUUUGGUUAAUCAUAAAUUAGAAAUUGAAGGUUUAAAGUUUGUUUAUUAACAUGAAUAAAGACUUUGUGAGAGAGAAUAUGACUCUGUUAAAAUGAUACUUGCUUAGUCUGAAAAAGAAAAAUAAUAAGCUCGACAGAAGUACCAUCUGUUAAAUUAGAAAUAUCAAGAAAAAAAAAUAAUUGAUAUUUUAGAUGAAUAAUCAUUACAAUCUAAAAUUAAAAAUGAUGGAACAAGACUAUUUAAAACAGCAAAAUAUGCCAUCUUAGGUUUAGAGAGAAAAUAGGAUGAAUUUGAAUUACCAAAUAAAACUGAAAAAAUUUAAACAGAAAAAUCUUAAACAGCAGACCCUUAAAUUUAAACAUUUUAAGCUUAUGAUUCACAGAUUAAUGCUAAAUUUUUAGAAGAUGAAUAAUCAAGAAUUUAUUAAUCAGAAGAUGAAAAAAAUUAUUCCUAAAGUCUUAUAAAUUUUAUAAAUGAUUUUGAAAAUGAAAGAAAAAUCUACACAACUUAAGAACGAGUUCCUGAUUAUACAGAUAUACCUUAAAAAUAAAUUAAAUCAUAAGGUCAAUCUGCUACAAUUACAUUUACAUAUAAAGAAUAACCAGAAAAUCAAAUUUCAGCUUAAAGUCAAGAAAAAUAAAUUGGUGAAAAUGCUUAUUUUCACUUUCAUUAAAAUACAAGCAGAACAGAUAUGGAUAAUAACAUAGAUUAAUAAUUAGAAAUACUUUUAGAUGACAUAUAAGGAAUAGUAGAUAAAAAUACAAAAUAAGCAUAAUAAACUCUAAUAACUCAUAAGCUAAGACUUUAAAAUGAGAGACCUUAAAAAACCAUCAAUUUUUAGAGAAAAGCUAAUUUUCAUCCUGUAAACUUUGUGUAAAACUCAUUAUAACAAGAAGAACCCUUAACUAAAAGAGCUAUUAAUAAUUCUAAAUAAGUGGAUAACUUAGAUUAAUUAAUACUCGAUCUCUGCAAUUGA